AAUUGAUCGUGACUUUGGAUGGAAAUUUAAUACUUGAAAUUCUCCAUCUUUAUCAUAUGUAUAUCCCUCUCUCGCACUCUUACUCAUCUACAUCGUCAUAGAUUGUGUUGUCGGAUGAAGCAAGAACAGAAAAUAUUAACACGAUACUGAAUUAAUAUUACAGUUCACAAUCACACAGUUACGGUAUUUGAAAAGUGAUUGGAAGAUGAUAUUCUUGCAUUUAUUGGUAGUUCAACAAUGAUUUUUCGGAUUUGAUAGUAUAGGUUUUGGUGAACUGAUAGUGUAAUUUGUGUUAAAUUAUUUAACUUUUCCAAGGCACUGAUAGCAUAAUAUUUGGUGUGAUAUUUAUCCAAUUUUCCUGAAUUAAUAGUACGAGAUUAUUUGUGCUGGAAAAGCAGUGAAAUGGCUGUUUUACCCAGAGCUCAUAUACUUUUGGUGAUGAGUGUAGUGUUUGUAGCCUACGCUCAAGCAGGCAAGGGAGAUAAAAAUGAAGAAAAAAUGAAACCGACCGAUAUAAGACAUCUGAUGACAGAGAGCAGCCAAGAGUCAAAAGACGAUCCAAAAGAGAAGUCGGAAAAGGCUGUGAAAAAACCAAAAGGCUUCUUAGGUGGUCUCAAGAAACUGCACAAAGUGUACAGGAAUGCCGGUGAUAAAGUGAAGGGACUCUUGCAUAAGCAUGUCAAGAAGUAUAGGAAAGUGAAUCACAAGUCGCCCGGAACAAAUAGAGUUUCCGUCAGUGACAAUGGACCUAUGAUUUUAAUCGGUGAAGACAAGAGACACAAGAAGGUGCAAGGAAAGGGCACUAAAGCAUACUGCGUUGAGGUUCUGGAUAAAAGCAAAGGACAAAAAAUACGAGGCGUUAAAUCGAGAGUUGAGACGAGAGAAGGAAAAAGUUUAUCAUCCAAAUUCAAGCUGUUGAAGUCUCGGAUAUGGAGGUGUAUGGAUAGAAUGACGACAGACACUUUCUACCUAGUGGACAGUGAGUACAGGGGUAGAAAGGAGGUGCGUGAGGCCCUGACCUACCCCAAUGUGAAGGCUUGGGCUGUGGAGUUGCACCCAGGUGACGACAGCGAUGACAGACAGACUGUUCAAUACACCGAGCAAAAAUUCUUGGACGAAGAUGGCAAACCAAUUACUUACCUUGGCUCAGUGAAGAAAGAGACACCGAGCCUCAAGAUUUGGAGAGUUUUGCAAAAAAAUAAGAAGAGAGAUGAAGAGAGUCGAGAGGAGGAGGAGAAGGAGGAGGAGGAAGAAGAGGAGGAGGAAGAAGAGGAGGUGAAGGAGAAAGAGGAGAAGCCUAAGAAAAGGAAAAAGAAGCAUAAGUAAUGAAGUAACCCUGAUUAUUAUUAUUAUUAUAAGAAAUUAUCUAUCACUAGUAAUCCCAACUGAUUUGUUUUAUUCACACUAUACAUCAUAAUUAUCAUUCAUUUAUAUUUUCGAAAAACAUUUUCAAACAUCCCAGUCAAUGUAUGUUUUGUCCUCAUUUAGCAUAUCAAUAUUAUUUUAAUUCGAUUAUUCUCUAGUUAUAAGAUUUAGAAUCAUAUUGGAGAAGGGUUUUGCUUCUAGGGUUCAGUUUCUUAUUGAAGCUUUUCUUAACAAUCAUUUGUAAUUUUUUCGCUUCUAUUGUUAUCUAGAAUCAGAACCUGAGUAUUCAUUAGAUGAGAUUUAUUAAAUUUCUAAUGCACCUAAAAUGUAUAGUAGUUCCAAUUCUUUUCGAGUAACAUACAUUUUACAAUCGUUCUUUGAAAAUUCUAAUGGAAGUUUGAUGUCAAUAAGAAUAGAAUGUAGAAUCAUUUGAUUAUGAAUUCUUACAAUCAAUUUAAUCAUCCAUCAAAUGAUUAUGAAGAAUUCACUCGAUACUAAUAAUAAUUCUGAGAUUAGAAUUAGAAAUCACAUUGAUUGUUGGGAGUGUUGGAAUGAAUGUAUUGUAUUCUACUGUAAAUAUAAUAUUAACUAAAUUUUUCCAAUAACCAAGUUUUUUAUAAUAAAAUUUCAGAAUUUGACAAUGAAAAUAAUAUUAACACAUCAUCAUUGGAAACUAAUUUCAUCAUCUUAUUUUUUAUCAUUUUGGUUUUUUUUGUGAAUAGAAAUCAAGCGGUAUCUAGUUUUGAAUUAAAAUUUACAGCAGUAACACAUUAGCAACAAGACAUACGUAAUAGUAAUUGAAUACGUGCUAGUGACGUGAAUUAUUGUAACUUCAUGUUUUCAAGUUGGAAUUUGAAUCGCUUACUAUAAGCAAGAACCUAAUAGGCUACAACUCUGCAAACUCCAAUCUAACUCAUAGUCCAUACUUUUAAAAUGAAUUGGUAGAAAAUAGAUAUUCAUAUGGAGAGUGAAUUGACAUAUGCGGCGCUCUUAUUACUAUUCUGAAAGAUAACAUAUAUUUCACUCUAAUCUAAAAAUAUCAACUUCUAAAUAAUAUUGUUGUUAGUAAUGUCAAUGUGUUUGUGAAUUCAUAUACAAUUCAAAAAAUAUGAUGAGUUUAUCACAACUUGAAGUUUAUCAUCUCAGUAUUAUAGUCUUCCAAAUUAAUAUUCUUGUCAACAACUGUGUGAGGGGGAGAAAGAAGUCUCAUGUUUCGAAGAUAACAGAAAUAUUACCUUAAACAUAAAAAAAAAUUACAAAAUUAAUGUGGGCCUAAUUCUGUAGAUAUCAGAAUGACUUUAAUCGAAGUUUUUUCUAUGAUUUUGAGAGUUGUGGAAACCUGUCUCAAUACGUCAUGAUUAGAAAAUGUUUUGAGAUCUCCAAAUCAUGCACAAUGUACAUUUCUGUGCACCAUACUACUUGAACCAGGACCAAUAAACAUGUACAGUAUCACAUUUUUACAGUUAUUACUGCCUUUCUAUUAUUAUUAGUGAUAAGUAGUAGUUAUUACAUUGUUAUGAUUAUAAAAUAUUAUCUUUAAAAAUCACAAUGAGACGUUUAGUCCAGCAAACUGUAAUGCUUAGUUAUUUCAAUUAGUCUAUUAGGAUGUAAUUUGUGUGGUUAUUCAAGUUUGUAAUAGUGUAUAAAUAAAGUAGCAGCAAAAAAAAUCCAAAUUUUUCGUCACUUCAAAUUUAUUCCUCCACGCUUCUUAUAUCUAGAUUAUUAGAAUCUGUGGGCCUACGGAACAUUACCGUACUUUCAGGUGGAUUCCUGUAUACGUGUACCAGUAUUUUGUCCACGUAUAUCUUUCUCUUGGUCAUCUCUCCUUAUUUGCCUUUUCC